AUGUCGGACGAGAAUAUCACACAGGGAGCGACCACACCCCAAGAGUCAUCACCAAGCCUCCUGAAAUACCGGUGUACAAUAUGCGACAAGCAGUAUAAAAGACGCGAACAUCUGGGUCGCCACAUAUCCAGUUCCCAUACUUCAGACCGACCCUUUCGAUGCAAAUCAUGUCACGGCUCUUUCCAGAGAGGGGAUGUACUCAAACGCCAUUUACGAACGUGUGGGGGUGGGCCAUCAAAAGCAGGGGCAAAACGACGCGCUUGCGACCGGUGUGUCCGCCAGAAAAAGGCGUGCAAUGCGGAUCAACCGUGUCAAGGGUGUUCCAAAAAGGGCGUCCUUUGCUUCUACUCCACUCCGAAUUCCGACGAGAUCGCCCUUACGGUUGAUCAGGGUGCCUCAGCCCUAGUCUCAAACGAACAUCGUCACGAUGCUACCCCAUCUACUAGCUCCGAUACGCCUUUUGGUAUGCCUGGCCAGGGGCUAGGAACAUUCAGCUCCACUCCACUUGAUAGCUUGUUUCGACAAAACGCGUUGGACUGUUCCAGUCUACCCUGGCCUGAUUAUGCACAAAUCACCUCCGAUGCUCAGUUUCUUGACAAUACCACAUGUGGCUAUUCAUUGCCUUUCCUGGACCGAUUCACAAGUAAUACGGGUCUUUUAUUGAGCUUUGACUGCGGAACACAAGAGCAGAGAGAACAGGUCGCCUCGGCAUUGGAACUUGAGAAUUUUGAUAUUCUACAACACACAUCAACCAUUUUGUCACAGCCCCAUUCGAAAUUCAGUUCAGCCUCCCCUCUUCUCUUGGAUAACAUCAGCGACGCCGGCAAUUUUGAUUCCAUUCCACAAAACUGGCUAAGUGAACCGCUCUCGCUCAAGACUCACGAGAUUCUUAUGUUGGUUGAAGAGGUGGUCACUGUAAAACCCCGAAACAGCCCUGUGACUCUGGAAUGGUCAUCAUCUCUCAAGUAUGCGUGCUUAAAAUUCUUCUCGCCUGCGAAUCUUCGAAAAUACCUUGGCUUUUACUGGGCUAUCUGGCACCCCAACGUCAAUUUCGUGCAUAGGCCUUCCUUUGACACUGUGUCAGCAAAGCCCGCCCUUUUGGCAGCAAUGGCACUCAUGGGUGCCUGUGUUUCUCCCGAUAUGCCAGAUAAUGAAGAUGCACGAAUGUGGCUAAAUUGUGUCGAGGAGAUAGUCUUCAUUGAUGACGACUUCAACAGUGACUUGGGCUAUCCGGUCUCGAAUAAUACUAUAUCCAUUCAUCGCCCCAAGCUACAGGCCCUUCAGGCCGCCUACAUAGUCUGCCUCUAUCAAAAUUGGGAGGGUACCGACAGCAGCAAAAGCCGUAUCCGCCGAUUCCGUUUUGCCAAUCUGGUGUCUACUGCAAGAGACAUCGGAAUCACAACCGCGACCCACAUAAACUAUGCAACUCUUGUGAGGGCUGAUUUCCAAUGGAAAGAGUUUGCUGCAAGGGAGGAGCUGAUUCGACUAUUUACAUGGAUCUUUCUACUCGACACUGCAUUCGUUAUCUUCAAUAAUCUACCUCCUCGGAUGGUCUUCAAGGAGAUGAACAUCAAUAUGGCAACUCCAGAAGCAUGUUUCCAAGCGGAGACGGCAGAUCUAUGCCAUCAAAAAAUCCAAUCCCAUUUACCAGCCGGAAGCGCAUACUGGGGACUUUCAUUCCGGCACGCAUUUGAGGCGCUCUCUCAACCUGAAUUAUCACCGACCAUGCGGCACUCGAUUGCAUCCUUGGGCCAACUCAAUCUAUUCGCGAUGGCCUCUGGUAAGUGA